UUGUUUUCUAACGACACUUCCUGAUGUGACACAUUCUGCUUCCGGGGUCGGUAGACCUGUCAGUCAUUAGGGACCAAAGCCCGUCAACGGUUGGAGUCAUGUCGGCAGCUGCUCAGGGAACCAGCAAGGCGGCCCACGGCGAUGUAGCCUCGAAGAAAAAGAAGGGACCCGGGGCCCUCGCUACGGCAUACUUAGUCAUUUACAAUGUUGUCAUGACAGCUGGGUGGUUGGUGAUAGCGGUGGGUCUGGUUCGAGCUUAUCUGGCCAGAGGGAGUUACCAUGGACUUUAUUAUUCCAUAGAAAAACCUCUGAAGUUCUUUCAGACGGGAGCUCUUCUGGAGAUUCUUCACUGUGCUGUUGGAAUUGUCCCGUCCUCUGUGGUUCUGACCGGUUUUCAGGUCCUGUCCCGGGUUUUCCUCACCUGGGCCGUCACCCACAGCGUCAGAGAGGUACAGAGCGAGGACAGCGUUCUGCUGUUCGUCACGGCCUGGACGGUGACGGAGAUCAUCCGCUACUCGUUCUACACCUUCAGCCUACUCAACCACCUGCCAUACCUCAUCAAAUGGGCACGGUACACCUUUUUCAUCUUGCUGUAUCCAAUGGGAGUGACCGGGGAGCUACUCACCAUCUAUGCAGCGCUGCCGUACGUGCAGAAGACCGGACUGUACUCCGUCACCCUCCCCAACAAGUACAACUUCUCCUUCGACUACUACAGCUUCCUCAUCCUCAUCAUGAUCUCCUACAUCCCCCUCUUCCCCCAGCUCUACUUCCACAUGCUCCGACAGCGGAAGAAGGUGCUGGGCCGGACGGAGGAUUACAGCAAGGUGGAGUGAGUCCAGCAGCGAUCCGGAUGGUUUUUAAGACAAAAAAAAGGGAGAAAACCCCCACACAAACGAAGAACAAACCACAUCUGCUUAUUAAAACACAAGUAUUUUUGUUUUUGAAAACUGCCACGACUGACCCAAUGAACAAGCAAAAGGUUGUUGACUUAAAACACACACCAGACUGUUUUUUCCCCUCGUUUCUGAACAAAUGGAGAGUAUUUUUUUGAAAAAAAGUUUGAACUGAUUACUGCUGAAUACCUCACAUUACAUGGCACCAUAGAUUCAGUUUCUUACCGUUCUGUAAUCAUCCCUGCCUUCCUUAAGAAGCAGGUUAGAUUGAAAUGAGCAUUUGAUGAAAACGUUUAUCACUUAAAGUCGGCGUCUUUAGGUUUUGCAUCUGUGAUGUUCCUGACAAAUUGUACAAACGUAUUUAUACUUUUUUUUGGUUUAAUUUAUUCAAAGUUGAAUUACAUUCCUUCAUUAAAUCAAUAAACCUUUUUCAUUCCAUAUUUUGGGUUUCUGUUUGCAUUCAUACAUGCUUUUUCUGUUGUUUUUAUAGUUUUUCUUCAACAGUAAUGCUGAUAAGUUUAUCAUUUUUCAACCUUUUAAUUAUUUAGAUCAUUUUAGUUGGCAGAUAUCAGUUUGUAAUUAUCAUAGUUUUAACUUAAUGUGCAUGUUUUUUGGUUUAAAACACCCAAAUUGUCAUUCUUGGGUUAAGUGUCCAGGUUUACUUUGAGGAAAACAAAAAAAGUUGAUAGCACAACGUGUCGUAGCAACAGUGUUUUCAGAUGAAAUAAGCUUUGAUAUGUAACAGAUCUGCAUUGUAGCCAAUAUUUGUUGGAUGUUUAACUGUAUGGACUUUUAUUUUGAAAUGCAGAGUGGAAAUACCCAAUUUGGAUACAAAAAAAAAUCUGUGGUCAUAGUUUUAUAUUGAAAUAUGAAGGGUGAGAUUUUCUUCAGAUGUGGUGAAACCCUGUUAUUGUGAGAAAAUGUGCUUUGACAUUUUGGAAUGACAUUAACCCAAGACAUACCAAAGAUCUUUUAGUACAAACGUUAUGCUUCAUGGUUUGUUUUCUUGAUGCAGAAUGAUCAGCAAGCUGGUUUGACUAUUUUUCAGUUUGUCUAGUGGUGUCUUUUCUCUAUCUUUAAAAGAAAUAAAAAUAUUAGUCUUGAAUCCAUUACAAAAUUCUGCACAUUUUCCAAAAAUAACUAUGAUUUUCUUUUUUUAAUGUGGUUUAUUUUCUUAAAAAAUAAAUCAUUUCAGCGUUUAAGAUCUGGAAUCUGCACCAUUCACUAGAAUUUUUAUUUCUAAGAUUAAAUGUGGACCAUCACAGAAAAAAAUGUUUAACCGUUUUGGAGACGAAAAUGAAACUUUCUACAUGUUUUUAAAAAUAUUAAAUAAAAUGUUCAAUAAUUGCUGCUUUCUCUGCAUUAACAUCAAAGGAAGUGACACCUUUUAGUGUGCAUUUUAAUGAAACAUUUCCCACAUCUGAAUCCUGCUCGACCUUUAACCAAUCAGCUUUCUGUUCCAGAUCAGUGAUGGGUGUUUUGUAAAAUUCUGUCCCUUUUUGCUCCUGUUUAAGAGAAAGAUUUGGGCUUUUGUGUUGGAAUCACAGCUCAUUAAUAAAAUGCAUGAUUGAAGAGAAGUGGAUGUAAAGAGUGAUGGUGUAUUAUAAUAAAGAAGUCCAAAAAAAAUCAUGGAAAAUCUGCAGAAGCAUGGGAUAUUCUACAUAAACUGGUUCUAUCCAUUGAAGCUUUGAUAACUCUGUUUUGCAUGGAGCCAGUAAACUUUGUACAGCUAUGACUAUUGAGUAUAUAUUUACAAUAAACCUGCUCUAUUGGA